UUAUUUUUUAAAAAAUAAAAUAAAAUAGGACAGAAAAUGUUUAUCGUACAAGAGAAUGCAUCUUCAUCGAACCAUGGCAUGGUUUGUAACCGACACUAGCCGGUCAAGACGGUUAUUUGAUCGCAUCAUUGUUAUUGACUACAAAAGGCAUCGAAUUUACGAGAAUAACAGCAAAGUCGGAGAAGGACCAAUUUGUAUUUAACGAACUAGCCAGGACGUUGUAGUUCUAACGCUUCCAUAAAGUGCUACUCCCCUCGCCUUCUUCUUCCCUUCGCGAUCGCUCGUGCUUGUUCCAGAAGAAAAAGAUUCGUUCUCUGCCGCUCGUCAUUCUUCCGCUGCUAGAGCGCAUCUUCUCGUCCGCGCCUGGAAGUCGCUCUUUUUGGUGCUCUGCAUCUAGCCAGCUUCCUGGAGGCCGAGUGGGAAGUUCUAGCUGCAAGAGGUGGCCGUAAAUAAAAUUUGAGGUUAAGCAUUUGGAAUGGUAUGCAGUGGUUGAAUCUGUACGUUGAUGUUCACCUCCGAGUGAUUUCGUUGAACCUAUAUUGUAGGGUGAUUCUGUGAUUAAUUUCUAUCUGUUUCUUCCCUUCUACUGUUUUCUCCCUUCUCUUAUUCAGGCAUUAAAUCCCUCACUCUUGGUGUAGCUUCUUCUGCUUGUCUCCUUAAUUAUAUUCUUGUUCAUCAAGUAUCAUUUUGAUAUUUUCCUCUUGAUUUCUUUGUGCUCCCUUGGUUUCUUGGUGAACUGGUUAUCUUGAGGAAAGAACUCUAGGAAUGGUGUGCCAAGCAGAAACAAGGACAACGUUCCAAGCUUUGAAACAUGAGAAUGGGAUUGCUGGUAGCUCCACCAUAAUCAUUAGGAUUAUUGCUUGCUUCCGUCCAUUGCAAGAUUGCCAGGCUGAAUACUUCCGCCACCUCCUAAAGCCAGUUGCGUAAAUUAUCGUCUGUUGCAGUUCAUCUUCAAUCAAACUCGAAGAAUUUUGCCUCCUUUUUUAUUUUUGGUUAGAUCCUCUCGUGUGGGAAUAAUAUUUGACACUACAAUUGCCUGAGGUGAUUAACACGCACAUUCUUUUGAUGGGGCAAGAUAAUAAUCCUCGUAUCAAUUUGCAGUGCCCAAUUUGGCAAUUUAGUUACAUAAUCUCUGCUAGAGAUAACAGACAAUUUGCUAUCAGGCGUCAAAACUUGAAUCCAGUGUUUUUCUCUACUUGCGUUAGUCCAAAUGCUUGUGUCUUGCCAGUGACUUUUGCAACACCUUUCCCUGAUUUCUACGCACGCAAUUUCUUUCACAAAGCUUCACCUUUGAUUCCUCCUCUGGCCCCAUUUCAUGUCACUUCCAAAUUUGAUGGCUCAGAGAAGAGAUACUUGGUUUUUGAUCAGCUAAGGGAUGGAAGGAACUUUGCCUUUAGCUCAUCAAGUGUCCCCAUUCCAUGCAUGGAUUCUGUGAACCCAGGUUUCGAUGUGCAGGGCAGCACUGAACCUAAUACUUCUGAUUGGCAUGGAUCUGAAGAGAUACAUGAAAAUACUGAGGAACUUGAUGCACUGUUAUACUCAGAUUCCGAUGACAAUCAUGUUGUAGAUGAAGCCAGCACUGGAAGUUCUCCAAUUGAAGAAGUGGAGAAGACUGUUUCUGCGGUGGCUAGCUCUGUACUUUCAGUAAAGCGGAAAAGAGCUGAUGAUGAAUUUGAUGCAUCAGUUACAGAUACUGCAAGUUCGCAAGUUCUUCACUUUCCUAAUAUCUCUUCAGAUAACAGGAAUAAAGAGGAUGACAACUCUGCAUCCAUCUGCUUUGAGUUAGUAGAUGAUCAAAUUGAAGAGACCAGGCAACUCAAGAGAACGAAAAUUCAGGAAACAGUUGGCCUAUUGAGAAAGAUCAUCCCUGGUGGUAAUGCGAUGGACGCCAUAACUGUCCUUGACAAGGCCAUCAACUAUCUCAAGUCCCUUAAGUUAAACGUCAAAUCUUUUGAAACUUUUCCAUAGUAUCUAUUUGAGCAAUAGUUUCAUCAAUAGCACCCCAUAUGAGGGUGGUGUUAUGAGAAGAGAGAAAAGUAAGUCAAACAGUUACUCCUCACACAGCUGGAAUAUGAUUGAAUGCACGAAUCAAAUACUUGUAAGGGGAAGAGGAAUAUGAUGGUGCAAUAAAGCAUAACUAUGUUGUAGUGUUUGUUUGUGCAAAGGGAGGACUUCAAAUUAGCACAAAGCUUCUUUUGACCAAAAGUUUUGAUGGGCUACGCAAGGUGUGCGCAUGGGGGACGGAUCUACAAAGGGUAGGAAAGCAUGCACAUGUUAUGUUGUGCGGUGAUUGUGACUCGGUUGGUGUGCUCCUUUGAACAGCAGAGUAGCAUUGCAGUGAAGGAAUGCAAGUCUGGUUGUGCUGUGCCACUUUAAUGAUUUCCUUGAGGUUUGUGGAUGUUAUGUUGCUUUUGUUGGCAUGGGGAGUGAAGGAAGAAGCUUCAUUCAUUACUUUACCUUGCUAUGGGGCCGUUCUUGAAAUGCUUUGAAGAAAAAGGCAUUUGGCUUCAUGAUGAGUGGAUAAGUUUGUGGUCCAUUGAUCCUUUGUUUUUCACACAAGUGGGUGCCACUGUGCUAUUGGAAGGUCUGUCUCUUGUUAAGCUUGCUAUUGGAUGAGUCUGGGAAUGCUUGCUGGAAAGACUUUGUGCCGGCAUGAUGGUUUGGAAUGCUCAUGGUUUUUUGCUAUUGCUAUCCUCAACUUCUUUGUUGUUGACUUUGAUGGCAGAUAUUGUCGAGAAUGAGGCUUUCUACUAUGACUUCAUUCCAUUGUUUGUGCUUAUUGAUAAGCUAUUUAUGUCAUUGUUUGUGGUUUGAUAUGUGUGUGCUUGUGUGUGUUUGAUCGCGUUAAGCAUGUUGCAGAAUAAAAGGUAUUGACACAAAGAUUUAGUGUUAGCAACUGAGAUUAUCAUUCUCUUCCUAUAAUGAUAAGCAUUAACCA